AUGACGACCGAUAUUUCGAUACGAUGGGACAUGGCGUCCAACCAACCCCAGGACGGCCUUGAAGAUUACGACUACGAUGGGGGAAAUUCGUCCUCACGACUUUUUGAACGGUCGCGAAUCAAAGCGCUCGCCGAAGAGCGUGAGGUUGUGCAGACGAAAACCUUCUGCAAAUGGGUCAACUCGCAUCUCGUCCGAGCGAAUUGCCGCAUAUCCGAUCUGAUGAUCGACAUGCGCGACGGCAAAAUGCUCAUCAAACUCCUGGAGAUCCUGUCGGGGGAACGUUUACCGCGACCCACCAAAGGCAAGAUGAAGAUCCACUGCCUCGAGAACGUUGAGAAGGCGUUACAGUUCUUGAAGGACCAGCGCGUGCAUCUUGAAAACCUGGGAGCCCACGAUGUCGUCGACGGCAAUCCCCGUCUGACGCUCGGUCUCAUCUGGACCAUCAUCCUCCGCUUCCAGAUCCAGGACAUCACUAUCGAGCAGGUCGACAACCAGGAAACCAAAUCGGCCAAGGACGCUCUAUUGUUAUGGUGCCAGAUGAAGACGGCCGGUUAUCCCAACGUUAACGUGAGGAACUUCACAACCUCGUGGAGAGACGGUUUGGCUUUCAACGCUUUGAUUCACAAGCACCGACCCGACCUGAUCGACUUCGAGAAACUGUCGAAGUCGAAUGCCAUCCACAACCUGAACAAGGCCUUCAACGUAGCCGAGGACAAGCUUGGUCUGUCCAAACUGCUUGAUGCCGAGGACGUGUUCGUCGAGCAGCCGGACGAGAAGUCGAUCAUCACCUACGUCGUCACCUACUAUCACUACUUCUCGAAGAUGAAGCAGGACACCGUUCACGGUAGACGUAUCGGCAAAGCUGUUGGAAACGCAAUGGAUAACGAUAAGCUGAUCGAAGACUACGAGCGACUCACCUCUGAUCUUCUCAGAUGGAUCGAGCAGACCAUUGCUGUCCUUGGGGACCGUAAUUUCACGAAUUCGCUCGUUGGCGUUCAGAAGCAAUUGGCAGAUUUCAAUCAGUAUCGCACGGCGGAGAAACCGGGUCGCUUCGAAGAGAAAGGCGACUUGGAGGUUCUUCUCUUCACGAUUCAGAGCAGGAUGAGAGCCAACAACCAGAAGCCGUAUCUCGCGAAAGAGGGGAAAAUGAUAUCCGACAUCAACAAAGCGUGGGAACAACUCGAGAAAGCCGAGCACGAGCGAGAACUCGCUCUCCGCGAGGAGCUCAUCCGCCAGGAGAAGCUCGAGCAGCUCGCGGCUCGUUUCGACCGCAAAGCCGGCAUGCGGGAGACGUGGUUGAGCGAGAACCAGCGUCUCGUCUCUCAGGACAACUUCGGAGGCGAUCUCGCCUCGGUCGAGGCUGCCGCCAAGAAACACGAAGCCAUCGAGACCGACAUUCUGGCUUACGAGGAACGGGUCCAGGCCGUGGUUGCCGUCGCGCAGGAACUCGAAGCCGAAAACUAUCAUGACAUCGACCGGAUCAACGCGCGGAAGAACAACGUGCUGCGUCUGUGGAACUUCCUUCUCGAACUGUUACGCGCCAGACGCCAGCGUCUCCAGGCGUGCAUGGGUCUCCAGCAGACAUUCCAAGAGAUCCUCUACAUUCUCGACGCGAUGGAAGAUCUCAAGAAAUCGCUCACGACCACCGAUCUCGGCAAGCACCUGAUGGGGGUCCAGGACCUCCUGCAGAAGCACUCGCUCGUCGAGGCCGACAUCAACGUGCUGAGCGAGCGGGUCAAGGCUGUCGUGAACAACUGCCAGCGAUUCCUCGGCGAGGACCAGGACGAUUUCCGGCCCGCCGAGCCCGAACAGGUCCAGAAGCGUAUCGCGCACCUCGAGGACGCGUACGCCGAGCUCGUCCAUCUCGCCCUCCAGCGACGUCAGCAGCUCGAACAGAGCAAACGUCUCUGCCAGUUCUUCUGGGACAUGGCCGAGGAGGAGGCGUGGAUCAAGGAGAAGGAGCAGAUUCUCUCCUCGAUGGAGAUCGGACACGAUCUGCACAUGGUGCACCUGCUGAUCAGCAAGAACAAGGCCAUGGAGAACGAGCUGGCCAUGCACGAGCAACAGCUGCUCAACUGCAUUCAGUCCGGGAACGAUCUGAUCGCCGAACAGCCCGUCGGCCAAACGGACAAGAUCGCGCAACGCAUUCAACAGGUCCAAGAGUCCUGGGACAAACUCAAGGAGCUCGAGGCGCUCCGGGCAAAGAGGCUCAACCAAGCCGUGGCCUACCACCAGUUCUUCACCGACGCCGACGACGUCGACACCUGGAUGCUGGACACGCUCCGCGUCGUCUCGUCCGAGGACGUCGGCCGCGACGAGGCCAACGUCCAGUCGUUGCUGAAGAAGCACAAGGACGUCAACGACGACCUCAAGAAAUACACGACCGUCAUCGACCAGCUGCACCAGCAGGCCGGUCAUCUCGGCGAGCAGUACCGUGAAUCUCCGGAAGUGCUCGAAAGGUUAGGAAGCAUUGACAGACGCUACAAGGAACUGCUGGAGCUCGCUCAGUUGCGCAAACAGCGUUUGCUAGACGCUCUGUCCCUCUACAAGCUGUUCAACGAGGCCGACGGUGUCGAGCAAUGGAUCGUCGAGAAAGAGAAAAUGCUGCAGAGCAUGAGGAUGACCAAGGACAUGGAGGAUCUCGAGGUCAUGAAGCACCGAUUCCAUGGCUUCCAGGGUGAAAUGAAUAACAACGCCUCGCGGGUGGCUGUUGUCAAGCAGCUGGCCAAGCAGCUGCUGCAGGUGGAGCAUCCCAACUCACACGAUAUUCAGCAGCGCCAGAACCAGCUCAACCAUCAGUGGGGAGUCCUUCGGCAGAUGGCCGAGAAAAAACGUGACGAAAUCGAACAGGCUCACGGAACUCAGACGUUCUAUAUCGAGUGCCGUGAGACCAUCACCUGGAUCGAGGAGAAGACCAAACUCAUUCAGGCCACAGAGGACCUCGGAGACGAUCUCACAGGAAUCAUGACGCUCCAGAGGAGACUCAGUGGAAUGGAACGCGAUCUCGGAGCCAUCCAGGCCAAGUUGGACUCGCUCGACAAGGAAGCCGACCGCAUCAAGGCCGACCAACCCGAAGAAGCCCAGGGCAUUCAGGAGAAGAUCGUCACCAUCCAACACACUUGGGAGCAGCUCACACAGCUGCUCAAGGAGCGUGACGCCAAGCUCGAGGAGGCCGGUGACCUUCAUCGAUUCCUCCGCGACCUGGACCACUUCCAGGCGUGGUUGACCAAAACUCAAACCGAUAUCGCCUCGGAGGAGAUUCCUUCGGACGUAACCCAGGCCGAGCGACUCCUGUCGCAACACCAGGCCAUCCUCGACGAGAUCGAGAACUACACCGACGACAAGCAGAAGAUGAUGGAGUACGGCGAGAGGAUCACGCAGGGCCAGACCGACGAUCCGCAAUACAUGUUCCUGCGCGAGAGACUCAAGGCCCUCGAGGACGGGUGGAACGAACUCAAACAGAUGUGGGAGAACCGUCAACACCUGCUGACGCAGAACGUCCAUCUGCAGGUGUUCCUCAGAGACGCGCGUCAGGCCGACAUUCUCCUCAAUCAGCAGGACAACGCUCUUGCGAAGGAGGAAUCGCCCGUCAAUCUCGAACAGGUCGAGAACAUGCUUAAGCGUCACGAGACCCUGCUGACCACCAUGGAUGCCAACGACGAGAAGAUCAACGGCGUCGUACAAUACGGCCGGUCGCUGUGCAACGAACGCCACUACGGCUCGGACAAGAUCGCCAAGAAAUGCGACGACCUACUCAAGAGGAGGGACCAGAACCGCGAAAAGGCCGCCCAGAAGAUGGACAAAAUCAAGGACCAGCUCAGCCUGCAACAGAUCCUCCAGGACUGCGAGGAGUUCGGCAACUGGGUCCAGGAGAAGCACAUCUUCGCCCAGGACGAGACGUACAGGUCCGCCAAGACCGUGCACAGCAAAUGGACCCGACAUCAGGCUUUCGAAGCCGAAAUCCAAUCGAACAAGGACCGUCUCCUACAGGUGGAGCAAGCCGCGAAAGCCCUUCUCGCCGAGAAACCCGAGUUGGCAUCGGUCAUCGAGCCGAAGUUGUCCGAACUCAACGUGCACUUCGAGAACCUCGAGGAGACCACCCGCGACAAAGGCGUCAAGCUGUUCGACGCCAACCGUCAAGUGCUCUACGAGCAGACCUGUGACGAUAUCGAUACGUGGAUCACCGACCUCGAGAACCAAGUUCUCACUUCCGAGACCGGACAGGAUCUCACCUCGGUCAAUCUGAUCCUGCAGAGGCAGCAGGCUAUCGAGGACCAAAUGGCCCAGAAGGCCAGACAGGUCGACGAGCUCGAGAACCAGGCCGAAUACCUGCAGAAGAUGGAUCCCGAAAAGACGGACGAGAUCAAGGCGAAGAAAGCCGUCGUCCAACAGCGAUUCGCCAAACUGCAAGCGCCGCUCAACGAUCGCAAGGCGCAGAUUCUCCGCAAGAAAGAGGCGUUCCAAUUCCGUCGCGACAUCGAGGACGAGAAACUCUGGAUCGCCGAGAAAAUGCCACUCGCCACGUCCGACGACAUGGGCAACUCGCUGUUCUCGGUGCAGAUGCUCAAGAAGAAACAGCAGUCGCUGAAGAAAGAAAUCGACAAUCACCAGCCGAGAAUCGACACCAUCGUUUCGAACGGCCAGAAACUCAUCCACGAGGGCCACGAGGACUCGGGCGACUUCGAUCAGCUGAUCGCCGAGCUCCUCCAGCGAUGGCAGGAACUCAACGAGGCGAUCGAGAAACGCAAGGCCAAACUGUUGCAGUCGGAGAAGGCGCAACAAUACUAUUUCGAUGCCUCCGAGGCCGAGGCAUGGAUGAGCGAGCAGGAGCUGUACAUGAUGGUCGAAGACAAGGGCAAGGACGAGAUGAGCGCGCACAACCUCAUGAAGAAGCAGGCCAACCUCGAGCAGGCCGUCGAGGACUACGCCGACACCGUUCGCGCGUUGGGCGAAACGGCUUCGCGGCUCAUCGCCGAAAACCACCCGCAGUCCGAACAGGUUGGCAUCCGGCAGUCGAAGGUCGACAAGCUCUACGCCGGUCUCAAGGAUCUGGCCGGAGAGAGGCGAGGCAAACUCAACGAGGCCCUGAAGCUCUUCGGACUGAGCCGCGACAUCGAUGAUCUCAUGCAAUGGAUAGCUGAGCGCGAGGUCGUCGCAGGCUCUCAGGAGCUCGGCCAGGACUACGAGCACGUCACCAAUCUUCGAGAGCGCUUCAAGGCCUUCCGAGAGGAGACCCUUGCCAGCGGGAACGAACGCGUCGACAAGGCGAACGCCCAAUGCGAUCAGCAGAUCAACCAGGGCCACUCCGACAACGCCACCAUCGCUCAAUGGAGGGACACGAUCAACGACGCCUGGGCCGACCUCAAAGAACUCAUGAAGACCCGGUCCCAGGUGCUCAAAGCGUUCUGGGAGCUUCACAAAUGGUUCCACGAUUGUCGGGACGUUCUCGGCCGUAUCGUGGAAAAACAGCAAUGCUUAUCGGACGAACUGGGUCGCGACGCUAUCUCGGUCCAGAGACUGCAGAAACGUCAUACGAACUUUGAGAAAGACCUACAGACGCUCAGAGCCAACGUACAACAGGUCCAAAGUGAGGGAUUGGAGCUCCAGGCAGCAUUCGCAGGCGAGAGGGAACGCGAGAUCGUUGCCAGAGAGCACGAGGUCGCACAGGCGUGGCAGAAACUGCUGAGCAUGUGCGAUGCGAGAAGAGGCAAGUUAUCGGACACCGGAGACCUGUUUAGGUUCCUGCACUUGUGUCGUGACCUUCAGCUUUGGAUGGAAGAUGUAGUCAGGCAGAUGAACACGUCAGAGAAACCAAGGGACGUAUCCGGUGUGGAACUCCUGAUGAACAAUCACCAGAGUUUGAAGGCGGAGAUCGACGCUCGCGAGGACAACAUCGCCGCUUGCGUUACACUUGGUCAGGAACUACUCGCCAGGAAUCACUAUGCAUCUGGAGAGAUUAAAGAAAAGCUGUUGGCGCUGACCACGCAACGAAAUGGAAUGAUGGAUCGUUGGGAGGAGAGAUCGGAGCACCUACAGCUCAUCCUCGAGGUUUACCAAUUCGCGCGCGACGCCGCCGUGGCCGAGGCGUGGCUUGUCGCCCAAGAACCUUACCUUCUCAGUAGAGAGCUCGGACAUACGAUCGAUGAAGUCGAUACACUGAUCAAGAAACACGAGAGCUUCGAGAAGUCUGCAGCCGCCCAAGAAGAACGUUUCACCGCCCUCGAACGACUAACAACGCCCGAAAACGUGAAGUUCGUGGGUUCUCUGCUUGACUACGUGGCCUAUCGGGAACUCGAUCGGCACAUGAAGAGGUCCAGCCGUUACAGCACUCUGAACUUUGAACUCAAGGAGCAGGAGCGACUUCUGAACGAGAAGGAAAGACGAGUCAGAGAAGAGCAGCGUGAAGCCGAAGAACGCGUUGCAGCUGACAAAGCGCGAGCUGAGAAGGAUACCACGGAUGCUGCGAGGGCCCGAGCCGCCGAGCAGGCCAAGCUUGAACAGAAGUCUGCGGCACUCAAUCUCAGUUCCACUUCCGCUGGUGGAGACGACUACCUCCAAGAAGGAUCCCUUUUGCGAAAACACGAAUGGGAAUCCACCAUAAAGCGAGCUCAGAACCGAUCUUGGGAGAAGGUCUACCUUGGCCUCCGCGCCACUCCAACAGUGCAACAACUCGGCUGCCACAAGGACGCCAAACACAUGAAAUCCGAACCCUUGAAUUACUUCAAGGGAGAGCAGCCCAUCAGCCUAGCGCAGGCGUCCGCUGAUAUUGCGUCCGACUAUAAAAAGAAGAAACACGUGUUCCGUCUCAAGUGUCAGAGCGGAGCCGAAUUCCUGUUCCAAGCUAAGGACGACGAUGAAAUGAAUAUCUGGAUCAAUAAUUUGCGAAAAGCCAUCUCGAUGGCGGGAGGAGCCGGACCAUCGGGCUCGUCCAAGUCGCAGACGAUGCCCGCAGGUCCCGGGAGUGAAGAGCAGCAUCGCAAAAAGGGAGGAUUCCUUACGUUCAAGCGACCGUAA